GCAGACGAAAAAACCCAGUGACUCAGAGGCCGCCAUUUCAAAUCAGUCCGGACAGAAGGCCGCGGUGGAGUUUCCCCGUUUGUUUUAAAUAUCUCUGUUUUAUUCAGCAAACAGGUGAAGUUAUUCGUACAGAGUCACCUGUACGAGGCAUUUCGUUCUCGAGAUGGAAGUUGCCACAGCAGAGCAGUUGGAUGAGUCCACAGAGAUAACAGAGACCACUGACAUGCCCGCAGAGGUGGAACCAUCUCCAGACUCCAAUAAAUCAAGAGGUCGUGAGUUUAGGGGUCGAGGUAGAGGUGGCCGGAUGGGUCGAGGAGGCCGUGGUGGUCGUGCAAUGAUAAAUAAAGGGUUUGGCCCACCAGGGCGAGGACGGGGCAGGAGUCGUGAUGGGUUCAUGAAUGGAUUUGGACCAAUUAGGAGGGGAAUAGGUAGACCACGACCAUAUCCAGACAUGCAUGGCAGAAAAGGAGGUAGAGGUGGUCCUAUGGGCAUGGGUCCACCCCCACCCCCUCCCCCACCAAUGCAUCUUAGGGGACCUCCACCACCAAUGCACAGACAUGGCCCACCUCCGCCACCUCCACCAGGGCACCCAGCUUUCAGAGGACCACCGCUGCCCCUGAGAGGACGGGGCAUGAUGCCACCUGGCCCCCCACCCCACUUCCACCCCAGAGGCUACCACAAUGGACCACCCCCUCCUCCUCCCCAUCUGCCCCCAGGCAGGGGUCAGCGCUGGCCGGGGCCCCCAGGUGGCCGGCGGUUUUAAGACAGCUCAAACUCGAGAUAAUAUAUUAGUCCGUAUCUGUAGCGCAGGGUGGUACUAGUGGGUGCCAGUAACUCAUGUCCAAAUUGACACUCCAGUCUAGUUUAUACUGGUCAACCAUGCUCUAUUUUCUACAAUGUUAUGAGAGGGACAGCCCCAUAUCAUUUCACUGUCUUUUUAUAGCACUUUUUGUUUUAAUUUUAACUGUAUUCUAAGAGAAGUUAAUUCUGUACCUCCCUAAGCAUUGUGUACUUUGCGUGGUGCUAAUCUUGUAAGCCUUAAUUGGUCUUUUUCCUUGAGUAGUGAAGAAUAAAUGUGCUUUUGAGAGAAUGAGAGAGAAACAAAGAAAGUUAAAUGUGACUGCACAGUAGUCCUCACUCAUCACUGUAAAAUUAGUAUGUUUUUGUGGACUCCUUGGGCCUCUCAGACAUUUCCUUUUGUUUCAUGGCUAUAGUUUGUUUUAUAUAAAUAUAACUACUCAGUAUUUAUAAACAGCAGUUGAUGCUGUAUGGACAUUUAUGGAGAAAAGAACCCAUUCUGUAUGUAUUCCUGGCUCAAAAGUUACUUCUUAUUAUAAAUGUGCAGCUAUUAUUAAGUAAAGUGAAAAUAUUGCUGUUGACAACCCUUCAUGUUUGUGUUCAGCAAUCCAUUCUGUUGACUGAUUUGAUAUUCAUACAAAGAUAUGGAUUGAUGGUAGGAUAGCACUACAUUCACUGUGUUUAAUGCUGAAGUGUUAUCAUUAUGACCAUACUUUUACUUACUGUGAUUGAGUUAUGUGGAUUUGUCAAUGUAAGUUGGUUAAAGUAUCAGUUUUUUGACAUAGUCAAAAAUAAAGUUAAAAUAAACUCA